AGUUGCCCACUUUUGUGUAUACAAGGCUUGGGUACAGAGAUGAAGCCAUGACAUUCCUGACACAGGUAGAAAUUACAGGCUGCCCCACAUUGCUUACACAGAGACAUGCAGCAAAUAUCUUCCCUCAUCCUUUUGAACCUGGCCGGGUUGUGUUUUUCAGCAGUUCCACCAACAGUAUCUCCACUAUUCAAUAAGUCGUUUGUGGUCAUAUGGAAUGCUCCCAUCAACAAAUGCAGUCAACUGCAGGUUCCAUUGGAUUUGGAUGUGUUUCAGGCCAUCACAACACCAGCUAAAGUCCUGAACCAAAUGCUGACACUCUUCUAUAAAAAUCGAAUAGGGCUCUUUCCUUACACAGAUGUCAAAACUUUGACACAGUACAAUGGUGGCAUUCCACAGAAAGGAAACCUAACUGCCAGUCUGGAAAAAGCCAAAAGAGAGUUCACCAAAUACAUCCCAUCAUCCAUACCUGGCCUGGCUGUUCUUGACUGGGAGGAGUGGGUGCCUCUGUUUGACCGAAAUACAGACUUAAGAGAGAUCUACAAGGUGCUGUCCAUAAACUACACCCUUCAGCAGAAUCCAUCCCUUACAAGCAAGCAAGCUACAUUGACAGCCAAAGUGCAAUUUGAGAACGCUGCCAGAAGUUUCUUGGAAGAAACGUUGCAGUUAGGAAUCUCAGAAAGACCAAAUUUCCUCUGGGGCUUUUAUUUGUUUCCUGAUUGCUACAACUAUGAUUUUGAGGAACAAAACUAUACAGGGAGAUGCUCUCAAACCACAACAGAGUUAAAUGCUGAACUUCUCUGGCUGUGGGAGGCAAGCACUGCUCUCUUCCCAUCAGCAUACAUGCCCGUUUCCAUAAGUGGAACUAAGAAAGCAGCACUAUUCAUUCGAAACCAGGUGCUAGAAGCAAUGAGAGUGGCAGAUAUGCCUCAGCGGCCCUACACUGCACCUAUUUAUUUGUAUCUGCGACCCCUGUUGAAAGAACAGAAGGAGAAAUACAUGCAAGAGGUUGACCUGAUUCAGAGUAUUGGUGAGAGUGCAGCUCUUGGGACUGCUGGAUGUGUACUAUGGGGAUCUAGUUAUGAUUUUAAUGACAAGGCAUCAUGUGAAUCCCUUUCUACAUACUUGUCCACCACGCUAAAUAAAUACAUCAUCAAUGUUACAACUGCAGCCGGACUGUGCAGUGAUCUGCUGUGUCAAGGUAACGGGCGCUGUGUGCGUAAAAGCUAUGACUCGGAUGACUACCUACACCUCAACAUAAACAGCUUUAAUAUAGAGAAGAUUGAUGGGAUGUAUUACAUUACUGGGGAACCUUCUAUCAUCGAUCUCACUGCCUGGGAUGACAAGUUCACCUGUCAAUGCUAUGAGGACAAAAUAUGCACAGCACAAAUUCCCUCUGGAUUUGAGUAUAGUGAUAGAACUGUCACUGGACACCUGACGGUACUGCUUGCUGCAUAUCUGCUUGGUGAAUUGUCAUAGUUUUCAAGAGAAUUACACAUUUUACACUGAAUGAAAUGAGGAAAUAAACAUUCCUGAGAAUUCAGUUAAGCAUCUUAACAACACUCAUUUCCUCCUGUCCUAAAUUCUGUAAUUAUAAAUGACUGCAUUCC